UGACUGAUGUCAAAAAAAUUUAAAAUCCGGCUGAUACGGCCUGGAUAGAUUUUGAUGUGAUUUUUUAAAUACCGUACAAUGUGCUUGAUCAUUUCUUAAAGUGAAAUACGGUGAACAUUCCUAAACAUGAUAAACCUAGUUCCAAUCAGACAAUUAUGUUUAAAAUUAAUACCUACAAUUGCUGAAAGGCCACACUUUAUGGUCUCUUGUGUUAGGUCUUCACAAAAGAAGACCUUUUCAACCGAUUCCAAGAAAGUUGAUCUAGAAAAGCGAAGGAAAGAAAUUAUGUCAAAGGGCCUUCCAAAGCAGAAACCUAUUAAUGGGGUGAAACAAAUAGUUGUGGUUGCUUCAGGCAAAGGUGGUGUAGGGAAAAGCACUACAGCAGGUAAUUUUUUACCCAAAAACAGUAUUUAUUAUCACUGCCCCUCUUUCAAUCUACAGUAAAUUUAGCCACAUCUCUAAAACUGAACUAUCCAACAAAGAGUAUUGGGAUACUUGAUACUGAUGUCUUUGGCCCUACUAUACCACUGUUGAUGAAUCUAGAUGACACACCUCUGUUAACAAAGGAAAACCUCAUGAAACCCCUCACAAACUAUGGCAUUCAAUGGUAAGCAUCACAUAAUCUGAUGUUUCUAUGCCUUAUUUCUUUAUAAAAAGACUUUACAGUAUGUCCAUGGGGUUUUUGAUAGAAAAAGGGUCACCAAUUAUUUGGAGGGGCCUCAUGGUGAUGCAGGCUUUGGAGAAACUGAUGAGACAAGUAGAUUGGGGUGAACUUGAUUAUCUUAUUGUUGAUACACCACCUGGUACUGGCGAUACUCUAUUAAGCAUCAUACAGAAUCUUCCCAUAGCAGGUGUGGUUCUUGUGACAACCCCGCAAUCAGCAGCAUUGGAGGUAACCAAAAGAGGUGCAGUUAUGUUCAAAAAACUCAACGUGCCUUUAAUAGGCAUUGUGGAAAAUAUGAAGUAUGUCAAAUGCACGUCUUGUCAAAGCAACAUAAAAGUUUUCGGAGAUGGAACAUCAAAACUAGCUGAAGAGAUUGAGUGUGAUAUUUUGUCAAGUAUACCUUUAGAAGGUUGUAUAUCUGCAAGUGCAGAUGAAGGUAUACCAGUAGUAGUAAGUGGAAGAAAUAAUGAUAUUGAAGAUUGUUAUAAAAGGAUAGGAGACAGUGUAAUUGCAUUCUGUGAGAAAAAUAAAUAAAUUGUCAAUUUGA